AUGGCUCAUGGAAUUCCUUCACAAGGCAAAGUUACCAUAACGGUGGAUGAAUACAGCUCUAACCCAACGCAGGCUUUUACUCACUACAACAUCAACCAGAGCAGGUUCCAGCCUCCACACGUGCAUAUGGUCGACCCGAUCCCGUAUGACACUCCGAAACCAGCCGGCCACACGCGGUUUGUCUGCGUCUCAGACACACACUCCAGAACAGAUGGCAUCCAGAUGCCUUAUGGGGACAUCCUUCUCCACACGGGCGAUUUCACCGAGCUGGGACUGCCCUCCGAGGUUAAGAAGUUUAAUGACUGGUUAGGAAACCUACCAUAUGAAUAUAAAAUAGUGAUUGCUGGGAAUCAUGAACUGACAUUUGAUAAGGAAUUCAUGGCAGACCUUGUUAAACAAGAUUACUACCGCUUUCCCUCUGUGUCCAAAUUGAAACCAGAGGACUUUGACAAUGUUCAGUCACUCCUGACAAAUAGUAUUUACUUACAAGAUUCAGAGGUAACAGUUAAAGGAUUCCGAAUAUACGGUGCCCCGUGGACACCGUGGUUUAAUGGAUGGGGCUUUAACCUACCUAGAGGUCAGUCUUUGCUAGACAAGUGGAACCUUAUUCCUGAGGGAAUUGAUAUACUAAUGACACAUGGACCUCCCCUUGGUUUUCGAGACUGGGUUCCAAAGGAGCUGCAGAGAGUGGGUUGUGUGGAACUGUUGAACACGGUGCAGAGGCGAGUAAGGCCCAAACUCCAUGUCUUUGGGGGGAUUCAUGAAGGUUAUGGCAUUAUGACAGACGGUUACACAACCUACAUCAAUGCUUCAACAUGUACAGUCAGCUUCCAACCAACCAACCCUCCAAUUAUAUUUGACCUUCCAACCCCUCAAGGAUCAUGA